AUGACUGUUGUUUUUACCCUUCUUUUCCUUGAGUUACUUGCCAUCAACUUCUGCGAAGGAAACUUCAACCAGCCGGGUUGCAUCAAAAGCGAGAGAGAAGCACUUUUACAGUUCAAGCAAGAUCUCAUAGAUCCUUCAAACCGACUUGCCUCUUGGAGUACUGGCGAUGCAGAUUGUUGUACAUGGUCAGGUGUUGUCUGUGACAACUUGACUGGCCAUGUCCUUGAGCUCAACUUGAGAAAUGAUUUUUCGUAUGCUGAAAUACCUUCUGCAGUUCUUUUAGCCGAACAUGAAGCUCUCAAUAAAUCAAUGUUGAGUGGUAAGAUUAAUCCCUCUUUGCUUAACUUAACGCAACUGAUUUCCUUGGACUUAAGUUGCAAUGAUUUCAAAGGGGUUCAGAUUCCUAAAUUUUUCGGUUAUAUGAGAAAUUUAAGAUACCUAAAUCUUUCCUUAGGUGGAUUCCAAGGAAGGAUUCCCCAUCAACUGGGGAAUCUCUCUAAUCUGGAAUGUCUUGAUAUCAGCUGGGCAAACUUCUUGAUCAUUGUUGAUCAUUAUGAGGAUGGUUAUUAUGCGGCUCUGCAUGUUGAUAAUUUGCGAUGGCUGUCAGGUUUUUCUUUGUUGAAACACCUUGACUUGACUUCUGUAGAUCUCAGCAAAGUCUCUGAUUGGUUGCAGGUGAUAAACACAUUCCCUUCCUUAGAUGUGUUGUAUCUGACAGACUGCCAACUACAUCACUUCCCUCCACAGCCCAUUACAAAUCUUUCUUCUCUGGCCAUCCUUCAUUUAAGUGAAAAUCAUUUUGAAGGUUCAAUCCCUGAUGGACUUCAAAAUUUGACUUCCCUAAGACAUCUUUAUCUCUCUUUUAACUAUCUCAAUUCUUCACUACCUGACUGGUGGUACAAACUUAGCCAUCUGGAGAAACUUUAUCUUCCGUCCAAUCGCUUGCAUGGUAUGAUAGGUGCUCUAGGAAACCUUACCUCUAUAAAGGAACUUGAUCUUGGGAACAAUGGAUUUGAAGGUGGAAUCCCAGUAUCAUUUGGGAAACUUUGCAACUUAAGGAGAUUCUAUAUCUCAGAGGUUGAAUUGAAUCAAGAAAUAUCUGCAGUCCUGGAUAUUUUCUCUAGGUGUGUUUCAGAUGUACUUGAGCAUUUGGAAAUGACUAGGUGUAAACUUUUUGGUCGUUUAUCCAAUCAACUUGGACAGUUCAAAAAUGUAAAUACGCUUUUGUUAGAUUAUAACUCUAUUUCUGGUCCUGUUCCAUCAGCUUUAGGAAGACUUAAGUGUUUGCAAAGUCUUGAUCUUUCCUACAAUAAGUUCAACGGAACUGUUUCCGAUAUCCAUUUUGCCAAUCUCACAAAAUUGUUGCAAUUUGGCGCAUCUGGAAACUCUCUAAAGCUAAAAUUCAGUCCAAAGUGGGUUCCUUCUUUUAACCUUCAAAAUUUAACUUUGAGUUCUUGUCAUUUAGGACCUCAAUUUCCAUUAUGGCUUCAUUCACAAAAACAUCUAUCUUAUCUAGAUAUUUCCAACUCAAGUAUUUUUGAUAGUUUUCCAACAUACUUGUUUAAAUUUCCAUUCAAACUUGUCAAUAUAGAUCUCUCACACAAUGGUAUAUAUGGUCACAUUCCAAAUUUGACACAGUCAUAUGGACUUGAGUUUCUUGACUUAAGUUUUAAUAAUUUGUCAGGUCCUUUGCCUCUUAUACCAUUUAAUUUGUAUAUGCUCGAUCUAUCCAACAAUUCUUUGUCAGGAUCAAUUUUUCAUUUCCUAUGUCAUGAGAUAAACGCAAAAUCUUUGAUGCAAAUUCUCAUUCUUAGGAAAAACCUUCUACAUGGAAAUUUACCUGAUUGUUGGAUGAACUUCCCACACUUAACAGCUCUGAAUUUAAACACGAAUAAAUUUUUUGGAAACAUUCCAAUCUCUUUUGGAUCUUUGAGUUCCCUUCAGUAUUUACAUCUUCGCAAAAACAACCUUAGUGGAACCAUACCUGUGUCACUCACAAAUUGCAAGAAGAUAGUUGCACUUGAUCUUGGUGAAAAUGAGUUUUUUGGGAAUGUUCCAGCAUGGUUGGGAGUAAGUUUUCCUCAAAUGGUAAUUCUAAUUCUUCGAUCAAACAAGUUUCAAGGACUUUUACCAAGAGAACUUUGUCAUCUUGCUUUGCUACAAAUCUUAGACAUUGCUGAUAACAAUUUUCAUGGAGUUGUGCCAAGAUGUAUUAGUAACUUUAGUGCCAUCAGAAACUUUUCAGGAGAAAGCUCAAAUCUACGAUAUGGAGAAACUGAGGAAUUCUUUCAAGGUUAUAUUGAAGAUGCGUUACUUGUGAAUAAAGGUCAAUUGUUUCAAUAUAACACAAUUCUCAAAUGGGUGAAAUUAAUAGAUCUCUCCAAAAAUAAUUUCUCUGGAGAGAUUCCAAUAGAAGUGACAAAUCUUGUUUCAUUGCAAACAUUGAAUAUAUCACACAAUCACUUUACAGGUAGAAUUCUUGAGAAUAUUGGUGUUAUGAGACUAUUGGAGUCUAUUGAUUUGUCUGAUAAUCAACUUUCUGGUGAAAUCCCACAAAGCAUUUUAGAUUUAACGUUCUUGAGUCAUUUGAACCUUUCCAAUAACAAGUUAGUUGGAAAGAUUCCUUUAAGCACUCAAAUACAAGGGUUUGAUGCUUCCUGUUUCACUGGUAAUGAUCUUUGUGGACCUCCCCUUCCCAAGAAUUGUGGUGCAGUUGUCACAACAUCAACCUACAAUGUGGGAAAAGAUGACAACGAACAUAAAGUGGAUUGGUUCUACGUGAGCAUGGCACUUGGAUUUAUGACUGGAUUUUCAACAAUGGAAAUAGCAGAUUUACUGUUACGCUUGGUCAAAGUAGCUUCAACAAUGGUGGGCUCAAAGCUGCUACAACAUAUUCAGCUUCAGCUGUACUUUGAGCCAUUAUCUCUUGCUUUGAACACCAGUAAAAAAAUUCCUGAAGCAAUAGUGAAACAGUAA